AAGCGUACACACCUUUUUGUAAGCAAGCAUAACCAUCCCCAUCUUCCUCGCCUAGGGUUUACGCACCUGUAAAUUCACCAUCACACAAUAAUGGCGGAUGAUGAUGACGAAUCAUCGGCGACGAUUCUGGACCUAACGAGCUGUCAACUCCGUGAUUUGAGCUCAAUUGAGCUUCCAAUUACUCUGACGGAGCUUGAUUUGACGUGUAAUCGUCUCAAAACAUUGGAUCCUCGAAUCGGCGAUCUCGAGAAUCUCAAGAAGCUAUCUUUCCGACAGAACCUUCUGGAUGAUUCUGGAAUCGAACCUAUUUCUCAUUGGAAUCACAUUUCAGGGCUCCAAGAACUGGUGCUCAGGGAUAAUCAGCUAAAGAAACUCCCUGAUGUUAGCAUAUUUAAAAGUCUUUUGGUUUUCGAUGUUUCUUUCAAUGAGAUUACUUCGCUAAAUGGACUGUCAAAAUUUGCUAGUACCCUUAAGGAACUUUAUGUGUCAAAGAACGAAGUUCCUAAAAUUGAGGAGAUUGAACAUUUCCAUGACUUGCAACUUCUUGAACUUGGAUCCAACAGAUUACGGGUUAUGGAGAAUUUGCAAAAUCUAACACAAUUGCGGGAGUUGUGGCUGGGUAGGAACCGUAUUAAAACCAUCAACUUAUGUGGGCUGAAAUGCAUCAAAAAGCUUAGCCUGCAGAGCAAUAGAUUAACUUCUAUGACAGGAUUGGAGGGAUGUGUUGCUUUAGAAGAAUUGUAUCUGAGCCACAAUGGUAUUUCACAAAUGGAAGGGCUUUCAACCUUGCUAAACCUACGGGUCUUGGAUGUUUCUUCUAAUAAACUUGCCACAAUCAACGAUAUUGAGAACUUAAGCCUUUUAGAAGACUUGUGGCUUAAUGACAACCAGAUAUCAUCUUUAGAAGGUAUUGAAGGUGCAGUUGCUGGUUCUAGAGAGAAGCUAACAACCAUCUACCUUGAGCAUAAUCCAUGUGCAAACUCCCAAGAGUAUAUCAACACGGUGAGAAAGAUGUUCCCAAACAUUCAGCAGAUUGAUUCAUCAAUGUUUGCCUAGAAAGUUGAUCGCUUAUGGUUAGCAAAAGCAAAAGAAACACGAUCGCAUGUCCUCUUUCUUGCCCACAAUCAACAAUCAAUUCAUAAUCUCUCUUUUGUAUGACAAAUUGAGAUCAAUAUUGUAAUAUGGAAUCAAUGUAGUGCUAAGUUGAGAAUAUUCUUUUUUGUUGUUUUAACACAGGAUUCCAUUGUAAACUUUAAAAUAAGAAUAGAGCUGGUUAUACUGUGGUA